AUGAAGCAAGCUCACGUUUCGGAUUUGGCCAUGGGCAUUUUCGCUAACACUAAUUACAGGGAUACUUUGGUAGACUUUCCGCACCUGAUGCCCGAUCCAUCCAUACUAACUGUCAUUAGUUCACCGAAAUAUUACGCAAACAACGAGUUGUUUAAAAUAUUUAAUACAUUUAAACUCGAGGCAAAGGCACUGGAGGUAUCGGAACAGACACUCAAAAUAGAGUCCAUUCAGCAGUUGAUUGAUAGACAAGACAUCGAUGUAAUUGUUAUUAAGAACACCAUUAAUGAUAGGCUUCUUAAAGAGGUAUCGGAACAGACACUCAAAAUAGAGUCCAUUCAGCAGUUGAUUGAUAGACAAGACAUCGAUGUAAUUGUUAUUAAGAACACCAUUAAUGAUAGGCUUCUUAAAGAGCGCCACAAAGAGUUUAUACAUCUCAUACAGUAUGUCGAGCGUCAGGAGACUUACCGAUUGAGUACUAUAUUGAAAUUUGAAGUGUCUAUACGAGUCAGGCAUUGA